GAAGAGGGGGCAGAGAGAGUGUGGCAGAGGUAGAGAGGGUGAGUUUCUAUCGCAGGGGGACGAAGGAACCACUGAUCCUUUUUUUCUCUUUGCACUUCACCUUUAGGGGAAAGAAAAGAAGUGUGGAAAAGGGGCGAAAAGAAAAGAAAAGGAUAUGAAAAGAACAUGAAAGAAAGAAAUCGUCAUUAAAUGCACUACGAAGUUCUCUCUUUCUCUCUCUUCCUCCAUCUCGCACCUCUCUCAAUUUAAUCUUAAAUCCACUCCAAUUUCCCCCGAGGGACUCAAUUCUCUCUUUUCCUUGAGAGACAGAAGGAGAGGGGUCCAUUCCUCCUGGUAGAGCGACACCAGGAAUUUCCUCUCUCUCCCUCUACUCCCCCCUCCCUCCCCUCCACCAUGACACUAUUGGCCUCCGAGAGGUCGCUUUUCAUCCGGAACAAGUUCCGCUCAGUCCUGCAGUUGAGGAUUCAGAACCGAAGACAAAGUGAAAUCAAUGCAGAUUCUGGGUUGAAAUCUACUUGCCCCGCUAAAAAGGCAGAGAAAGACCAGAGUGAAGCUCUGCGUCUAACUGAUGGUGCCGCUCAGAAGUUGCCCCCUAGUGGUCUGAAAACUGAAACUGCACAAGAGAGGACUGUGUGUGGGGCCCAGAGGCAGAAGAAGGCUCGCCAGACGCAGGACCUCACUGAGAGGAUCCAAUGUCCGCCAGGGCCUGUGAAUCAACAGCACGAACACACACUGCCCCUGGAGAACCGCCCUGCCUCUUUCCCGCUGUCCGCUGAUGUCUUCGAAGAUGACAUUUCAUCCUGCCCCUCCUCCUCGCCUACUGAGCAACAUGGCGUUCAUCAAUCACCAGCCUUUUCUUCAUUGCCACGGCUCUCAGGUGACCAAUUACUGAGUGACUUCUCAGCUGUGGGCCCGCCCCUUAACCGCAGCCCUGGUCAUGCUCAGUCAGGUUUGGCGUUGCUCCCGGCAACCGAGGGCAUCAGACAACCUAUGAGUGUAACACUUUGUGAAUCAAACUCCAUGGCAACAACUGGGAGAUCAAGUGGGAUGUAUCUGGCCUCUCAGACCACACCCCUGCUGCCAAAGACAGCUCAGCCUCCCAGCCCCACCUGCUCCGCCUCCCUGCCCCCCUCCCUCAACUUCAACCAUCUUCCCCGUCCACGGAAAAUGCGGGACACCAAACCCAAAAUGAGGAAACUCAAAUAUCACCAGUACAUUCCUCCAGACCAGAGAGGAUGGUCUGGGACUGGAGGAGGAGCCAAACAGAAAAGCCCUACUCCUUCCCAGUCUUUAGACCCAGCCUACUCCCAUCUCCUGAAACAACAGCAGGUCUUCCUCCAGCUGCAAAUCCUCCAGAACCAGCAGCAACAACAACAAAAACAACAGCAGCAACAGCUACAACCACAACAGCUCACUGUUGUGCCAAGUGAUCUCAAUAAUCUUGUGAAGUCCUCUGGAGCGAUGCCCCUAAAUCCCCAACCUGUUCUCCGCCACAACAAACCACACCCCUACAGACGCAACCCCUGCCUCCAAGUGUCAGAGUUGCGGCAGCAGCUGCGUAAGCGCGGCCUCCCCGUCUCCGGCACCAAGCCGGCUCUGUUGCAGCGUCUCCGCCCGUUCCAGAUUCCCCACUCUUGCCCCACCCCUGCUCCCCUCUGCCAGCUGGGUACCAGCAUGGAACCCCUUACCCCUUGCCCUACGCUGCCACCCAGCCAGAGCCCCGGCUCAAGCUCCAGCUCUGGACGAGACUCCCCCUGCAGCAGCCCGAACCAGCAGAUGUACAUCCCGGACAGAGGAGUUCCUAGUGGGAUUCUCAGUGACGCUCAAACUGAAAUUCUGAACAACGCGUCGAAUGGUUUCUCGAAUGCUGCGUCAGUCAGUUUGGCGGGUGAACAGUGUCUUUCCAACGCUGUCUUCCUGGCUCCUGCCAGCACCGCCUCAGGAACUCCGAGUCCCAGUCUACCCAUGUCGUCCUCCUCGCCCCUGCAGUGUGGGACUCCCUGGAGAACUGAGAACGAGCAGCAGCAGCAACAGCAGCAGGAGCUGAGUGUGGAGCUGGAGAUGAGGGAGAGGUUACGGAGCAGGCCCAGGGACCGCUUCACUAACACCGGCAAUGAGUCUUGUGGAGGAUCCCUUCAUCCGUUCCUGCAACAGGAUCCUGGAUGCUCCAGAGGGAAGCCAGAAACAGACGAACAGACCGAAGUAUUGUUUACACAGGUGUUUUGCUGCCAACCGUGUGAUGUGAUUGGCCAGGAUUUUGAGCUGCCAGUGCAGAUUACAGCGAGUCCAGUUCAGACCUUGCCCGGUGUUCGCAGCUUGGAGGAAGAACUACAGGAGGCUAUCCAGAAAGCACAGAUGGACCCUCGGCAGUCCAUAGAUGACAUUCUGGAUGAGCCCCUGACUUGUGUUGGCUCCGUGAAUGUCUGCGAUCAUAAAUCCCCUGCCCACUCGGUCACCGGCCCUUCGCCGCCUCCUCCUCAAGCUGAUCAGUCCCAGGCCUCCCAGCAGCACAAGGAUGACAGCUUCCUGCCCUCACCUCUUUGCUCCUCUCUCUUGCUGGAGCUCCCUCCAUCUCCUGCUGUAAUAAACCCCAGCCAGGUGAUCCCAGCUCCUCCCCCACCUACCAUUUGCACUUCCCCUCUGCCGUCCACUGGGAAGUCACGGAAACGACGGGCACCGACAUCGUUUGACGCUGCUGACUGGCUUGAAACACUGACGUCUGGCCUACGCCCUCUUACUCCCCCGACAGCGCCUUUUGUUGAGUCAGACUUCAGUCUGGAUUCAGAUCUGAAUGUCAGUCGAGUGUUGGAUCUAAUGAUAGAGCAGUGGUGAGGAUUUGUGUGCGCAUAUCUGUUUUGAAUGUAUCGUAGGUCAUGAAUGGGACAAACAUGCAUCCCACUGAGGGCACAACAUUGUGAAUAGCCACCAUCAUUGAAAGGCUGUCAGAGUCAAUGGCUCCACGCAAUGUCGAGAGCUGGAUUCAUUGCAGCAAACAGAUUAAACAUGGCUUUGAUGGGGGAAAGAGAGCACAAACACACGCACACACGUAGACACUGCAGAGCGCUGUUUAAAAGCACUUGCGCUCAGCCAGAAAUGGCAAACAAGCAACACAUCUGUGGAUUGACACACUCCACAGCACAAUGUUUGCAGUGCAAAACAAAAGAAAACCUGGUGGCAUAUUAAUUUAAACAUGCUUCCUAGCUGCGCUGGGAGAAUGUUGUUUCUGACUUAUCUCCAAAACCUGUCGUCGGAUUGGGUCGAGUGUGGCCCCUGGUGUUGACUCAGUCAUUGAGUCCUAGCCAUUCAUAAAGCCCAUUUAGAGUGUGUAAAAGCCAGACAGAGCACACAGCUUGUGUGUGGCUCCAGACCUUAACCCCGGUGCCAGACACACAGUCGGCAUGCAGAGGGAGCAAGCUGGCAGAAGCUGCAAACAAGCAGUGUGUGUGUGUGCUCGUGUGUACGUGCAGGUGUGUACGAAAGCUUGUGUGUUGAGUAUGUGUGUGUUCAAUAUGUCUGACUGUGUGUGACUGAGCACACAAGGCUGCUUCUGUUUUUGUACGUGUCAACACCCAACUGCUUCCAUGUACAUUUCAAUGCCAAAUGCACUUAUAGUUAUCUGUUUGCUUACAAUUAAGUGUGCCUGUUUGAGUGUGUGGUAUGAUUGAACUGUGAGAGGAUACAUGUGGAAGAAGAAAAAAAAGCUGUGGCUUUCUGUGUCCGUAUUUCAGACCAGACAUUUCAUUGUAGAUUCAUUGCCAGUGGGCAGUAACUGCAGUGUAGUUAUCCAGUGUAAUCAUCAGGACGGCUACAUUACCUUGUUCUAGUCACCGUUCUCAAGGAGCGCAAUCAGGCAACCACCCCAAAAAUAGUGCCCAUACAAAUGCUCCAAUCAGAUUUUCCUCAUCGCUUUAUAAAAACAGGUGGUCAUUUUGUUCCCUGAUUAACCCCCAACCGUGUCUGGCCCGCUGCACAGUGCUUACCCUGCCACUAGAAAAGCUCGAUUUAGCACAAUUUAUAACCCAACAGCACGGCCACACCUGUUCACUUACUGUAAAUUAUUAAAUAUUAAUUCCACACGUGUAUUAUUUGACAUUGUUAAAUCUUUGCUGUACUUUUCAUUAUACAAAACGACCAUUUAUAUUAAGAGAAAAUGCACUGUAGAAUUAAAUAAUAUGUUUGGAGAGUAAUGUAACUUGACCAGAGGUGAGCUCGUCAGUCGAAGCUGAUGCAGUAAAUGCUGCACAUUUUCUUAAUGUUGACAGAAAUCUUGCUUUUAUAUUCUGCAUGAUUUACUGGUCAUGCAGAAAUGGGCACAUUAUUUGUUUGCAUAAUACACUUUCAGUGAGUUAUGAUGUCCAUUUUCAACUCCACUUAACAUAAUGACAUUGAAAAAAGAAUCUGAUGGAAGUUAACUGCCAUUAACCUCUGCCGUACCAGAUAAAUGUAAUUUAGAUACAAGAUCUCAUCUACCGGUACAUGAACUUGUAUUCUGCCCUUAAUUGGCUGCGUGUCCCAUCAAUCAUUUAGAAGGGCUCUGAUUGGCUCAUUCAGAUAUAGAACAUUUGUAUAAUUUUAUAACUAACUAGACAUCCUUCUGAAAUACCACUUUAUUUCUCUCCUCAGUCUCCAAAGUAUUGUUAAAAUAAAAGUUAAGUGCUGCGUGCAAUAUAAUUUGUGUAAAGGGCACAUAAACUGGCAGAUCUGAGGUCAUCAUGUCAUGUUUUUUGUAUGCAAAUGUUUCAGUGUUGCUGCCGGUCAGUUCCUUGUUCUGAUGAUCAACCGGUGUCUUACUAAGCAAGACAGCCUCGGUAAAUUAUCAGAAGAAGAUAUCUGUGCAUCGGCAAACCUUCAACACACAGUUUUAUGUUGAAGCAAUUAUUGUACAGCUUUCACUACAGCGACUAUGAACAAUGCGGUUGAAUGUGGAGGGAUGGCUAUGAUAAUCAUGGUGAUCAAUAAACAUUGCCUGCUGCAUGAUUUAAAAAAAAUAAAAAUAAUGAUGAAAAGAAAUUGAUUGGCAGGAGAGUAAGAUGCUACCUCCUGUGACUUCCAAUGCUUUAGGGCCCACACCAGUGUUUUCCUUGUUUCUUAUUUAAUUUCCGAAAACUGGUGCAGAGUUUCCUGGAACACCCCUGAGAUGGUUCCACAGGUUUGACUAAAAGCCGAGGUUAAAUGCUUCUGUUUGAAACUGUCCUGAUUUGAAGCUGGUUAGGACAGACGUCAAAUGGAAACACUUUCAGGUAACCGAGACUCUGUUGGCCACUUCUGCUGCUAUAAAUGCCUCAUUGUGAAAAGGUGGGAGCUAAUUAAAUGUGUUUGCUUUUAUUUAUUAUGUAACUUAUUCAUGCAAAAGAUAUCAACUACUGUCCAAAAAUGUAUCUAAAAGCAUUAAGAAAAUUAAAGUCUUAAUAGAUUUUCUAUUUGGUUCCUCUUUCUUUUUUGUUUAUUGCUGUAAUAGGA